AUGGGUCCAGAUGUACCUCUGCUGAAUGAUUACAAACAGGAGUUCUUCUUGAAGCGCUUUCCACAGACUGUGCUGGGAGGUCCCCGGUUUAAAUUAGGCUAUUGUGCUCCUCCUUACAUCUAUGUGAAUCAGAUUAUUCUUUUCUUGACACCAUGGGUUUUGGGAGGAGUAGGAACACUCUUGUACCAGUUAGGUAUUAUGAAAGACUACUGGACCGCAGCACUUUCAGGAGGACUAAUGUUUGUUACUGCACUUAUUCUUCAGAUGGCAAAUGUAUAUGCAAAGCAGAAAACAGUGACAGUAGAAAGAAUGCAAAUUCAGAAUACCCUGACAGAUGAAGAUGAGUUUGAAUUUUCCAGUUGUGUAGGUUCAGAGACAGUAAAAUUUAUUAUUCCUGGCAAGAAGUAUAUAACCAACACCAUAUUUCAUUCCCUUCUGGCAGGGAUAUUGUGUGGGUUGGGAACUUGGUAUUUGCUGCCAAACAGAAUAACCUUGUUAUACAGCAACAUUGGAGGAACUGUUAUGAUCUUUGUAUUUGGAUGGGUGACAAUAUGUAUAGGAGAGUAUUCAUUAAUCAUAAACACAGCUACUGAAACAGCUACUUUCCAAGCACUGGAUACUUACGAAAUCACUGCUCUGAUGAGACCUUUCUAUAUUUUUGUCUUUAUUGCAGUGGAUCUUGCACACAGGUUUGCUGUCAACACACCCAUUCUAGAGCAGACAAACCAGAUUUUGCACAUCGUAUUUCUUUUUCUGCCAUUCUUAUGGGCAAUGGGAAUUCUGCCCCCACUUGAUGCACUUUUUCUAUGGGGAAUGGAACAACUGUUGGAGUUUGGACUAGGAGGUUCACCUAUGUCAAGUAACACAAAGUUAUUAGUAAUGUUUCUCAUUUCUGCUGGAACAGCAAUAGCAUCGUAUUUCAUUCCCAGCACUCUCGGUGUGAUCCUCUUCAUGACUGGAUUUGGGUUCAUACUGAGUCUUAACCUAAGCGAGAUUGGUUUUGCCUUCAAACACACCAUGAGCAGCCAUUUAGCCUCCGGCAAAUCUAAAAAUAUGCACAGAGGUCUUAGAAUACAAUUUGGGUGGAGGGAAUUUAUUUUUUAUGUGACUGUAUUGACAUUUGCUCUCAUAGAAGCCAGCCUGCUGCAUCAACUUGCAGGCUUUUCAUCAUUUUCCACAGCCAGUCCUCAGGCUAUAGCGAGUUACUUUCUGAUCUUAUUGCUUACAAUUAUGUGGAUUCUUAGAGAGAUUCAGAGAGUGUACUUGUUUGGAGUCUUCCGAAACCCCUUUUAUCCAAAGGAUGUCAGGACUGUGACUGUGUUCAUGGAGAAGCAAAGAAGGCUAAUGAAAGUUGGUGUUGUCAGGAGGAUUUUACUAACACUAGUGUCUCCGUUUGCUAUGAUAGCCUUCCUGUCACUAGACCAUUCACUACAAAAUCUUCAUUCUGUGUCUGUUUGCAUUGGAUUCACAAGAAUAUUUAGGAUGGUCUGGCAGAAUACAGAAAAUGCUCUACUGGAUAUAGUGGUUGUGUCAGUAGCACAAAUGUUGGUGCUCAGCCCAGACCUCUGGUGGAACAGGAGCCUUGAUACAGGAAUCAGACUCUUGCUGGUCGGUAUCCUACGGGAUCGACUGCUUCAGUUUGGUUCAAAGUUGCAGUUUGCCAUCGCUAUUCUUCUGACGUCAUGGACAGAGAAAAAACAACGUCGUAAAUCUACUGCCACCUUAAUCACCCUCAACGUUGUUUUCUUCCCAAUCCUGCUGAUCUUCAUCGCCAUCUCUGCGCUCCUUUCUUCCCCUCUGCUGCCGCUCUUUACGCUGCCAGUGUUUCUGAUUGGAUUUCCUAGGCCUGUCCGAAGCUGGCCAGGACCUGUGGGUGCUGCAGCCUGUGUUUGCUCUGACACUGUGUACUACCAGCAGAUGAUUCCCAGCCUGGCUGGUGCUCUGCAGUCUGCACUGGCAGCCGGUAGCCUCGGUCUCUCUCUACCUGGAUCACACUACUUAUGUCGCUUUCAGGAUAGACUGGUGUGGAUAUUGGUGCUAGAAAAAGGCUUCACUUACUGUGGGGUUAACAUCAAGGGGCUAGAACUGCAGGAAACAUCCUGCCAUGCUGCUGAAGCACACAGAGUUGAUGAGAUUUUUGGCAUGGCCUUUGAACAUCAGGAGCACACCAAGAUUCUCUCUCCCAAUCACCAUUUUGGGCACAUUUUGACGCCUUGUACUGUUCUACCUGUGCGGCUGUAUUCUGAUGCUAGAAGUGUGUUAUCUGGAAUAAUUGACUCUCAUGAGAAUUUAAAGCAUCUGAAAGAUGAUUUCAUUAAAGUGCUGGUAUGGAUGCUGGUCCAGUACUGCUACAAAAAAUCAAAAACCUGGGAAAGUCCAGGCAGUGUUAACAAGAACAAAAAAGGAUUGGUUCCAAAAACUCAGCGUAGUGCUGAGGUAGAAAGAUCCUGGCCUCCAAGGGAAGAAGAUAGCUUCAGUGUUGAUACAGUUGAGGACUGGACUGAUGACAGUGACGUUUUUGAUCUUGAACCCAGUGGCAGAAUGAAAGGCAAAAGAGAACCUGGACAGAUAGGAACUACACCAAAACUUUACCUGUCUAUUCCAGGAUCUGUGGAAACAGAGACCCCACGAGAAAUGUCACCAGAAGAUAAGUUAUACAAGGCUGUUGUGCUUGGGCUUCCUGCUGUAGACAAAGGGAAGCAGCAAGAAGCUUUACCUCAAGUUGAAUUUAGUUGCUCUUACUCUGAGCUAUUGAGCAUCCCUGAAGAAUGGAGAACAGCCCCAGUGCCAUCUUCCAAAGUGAAUGAAAUGAGGCAGAGGUUUCCAGAGGAAUGGUACCACUUCAUUUUGAGUCAGCUGGACUUUUUUCAUCUGAAAGAAAAGCCUUCCAAUUUACUUGAAGACCUCAUGAAAGAUAAAGCUUUGAAAGACUUAUACAUCCAUGGAGUGUUGUCAUGUUUCUUUGGUCUGUUUGGACUGGAUAACACUGUGCCUGCCCCGAGCCAUGUGUUCAGAGCCUACACUGGUGGUAUUCCAUGGUCUGUUGGUUUGGACUGGCUAACCAGCAAACCAGAGCUAUUCCAACUGGCAUUGAAAGCAUUCAGAUACACCUUUAAACUUAUGAUUGACAAAGCAAGCCUGGGUCCUGUGGAGAACUUCAAAGAGCUGGUGAACUAUCUGGAAGAAUAUGAAAAUGAUUGGUACAUCGGACUGGUGUCAGAUCUUGAGUGGCAGCAAGCAGUUCUUCAGGAAAAGCCAUACCUGUUUUCAUUGGGGCAUGACCCAAACAUGGGAAUUUACACUGGGCGAGUCCUCACUCUUCAAGAAUUGUUAGUACAAGUGGGAAAACUUAACGACGAAGCUGUCCGAGGUCAGUGGGCAAAUCUGUCCUGGGAGCUGCUGUACGCCACAAAUGAUGAUGAAGAACGCUACAGCAUCCAGGCACACCCAGUGCUCCUAAGGAACCUUACUGUGCAAGCUGCAGACCCACCUCUUGGCUACCCCGUGUAUUCAUCUGAGCUUCUGCAUCUGCCUUUGUUCUAG